UUUACCUCGUAGGAGGAUGCAGGCAGUUAUAGAUCUAUUUCACCGCAUAAAUUAUUACCUCAGAAUUACUCUCAAAGGAGAGGUAGAGGGGGACACUAUUUGGCCGGGAGACAUUAUUUGGCAUGACAGGCCCACAUUCAAAAGUAAUGUUGAUAUAGUAUUUUAUUAAAGUAAUCAGACCAGAUAUUUUAAUAUAUUUCACUUUGAUUAUAUUCCACUGCUUCACUUGAGAAAAAAGUUUAAAACUUCUUCAACUACCACAAAAAUACUUUUAAAGAGCUGAAGCAAGUCACAAAAUGUUUCUUCAUGGGAAAUUACCAUCUAGUUUGUAGUGCUACACUGCUACUUGCAAGUCUUGAUUAUCUGUCUCCAUAGUAACGUGAUCAACAACUUAGGUAACUUAACUAAAGUCUGCUGUCUACUGCACCUAUUGAAGUUAGUCCGUGUGUUAGUGCUUAUGAAUGGCUUCUGAGGACCAAGGUUUGCAGAACAGAGGUCUGGUGACCAGCUCAGGGAAAAGGAAGGAGAAACUCCGUCACAGUGUAGUGGCAAGGCCAGUCCACCUUAGCCCUGCAGUAUCUACAGAUACCAAUGGAACAGUGGCAGUUCCCAAGUGGAUACACAGUCACACACAGAGGCCUGGACAAAAGGUCAAGGACCUCCUUGGCCCUGAGAGAGAGGCAGCACUGAAAGCUAUACAGACAGGUGUGUAUGUGGGCUGGAGAUGUCCAGACUUGACCUGGGAUUGUUUUAGAGUGGGUGACUCCUCCAUGUGCUUCUGUGGACAUCACCUGUAUGAGCAUGGGAAAUACACAGGCUCCAGUGUGCGUGUGCCCUGCUUGGUCCCGUCCUGUAGCUGCGGGGCCUUUGCCUUCAUGCCGUCCCGUCCAGAAGAGGUGGGGGAGCCAUGGGUUAGAGGGAGACCUGGGUUUGACUCCCAGGUCUGGAGGGCCCUCUGUCGCUGCAAACACCCCCACCAGCAACACUCUCCCAGGGCAGGACACUCCUGCAGGGUGGGAGGAUGUCGCUGUGUUAUCUUCCAGUCCAGCUUCCUGUGUGCUUCAUGUGACCAGCACUGGGAGAAGCAUGAGACGUUCUUCGACACUGAGCAGUCCAGGAGAAAGCAGGGCCUGCCAUACGGAGACACAUACAUGCCUUUUGCAGAGGUCCCCACCCUGAGAAAUGCUGUUUUAACAGGCAGAUUGAAGGACACCUACGCCUUGUCAGACAGCACAAGAAAGGCUGUUUAAUCAUCAUCAUUCAAGGGGGGGGGGUCAUUAUCUUUGAAUUAUCUUGACUGGAAUCAACUUUAAACUAAUGACAUCCACAUUACUUCUUAUUAUUCAUUUUGUUAUUUAUUUACAAAAAAUUACACAAGCCAGAUACAAAUGAACAACAAUUUACAGACUGUGGCGGAUGAAUCAGAAUAAGUUGGGUAACAUAGAUAAAUAAGAUGUUUUAUUUACAUAAUAUGCUUAUGUGAGAUACUUCUCAUUAGAAUGUAUCCCUUUGGACUAUACUUUUGGCAGUUGCACUUUUCCCUUCUCAGCUAGGGCUCAGUCACUUGGGGCCCAGAGAGGGGAGAGGUCAGGCUUGUCUUUUACAUGGCUCUGGUAAUAUGCAGAAUAUCAGAAAGGGAGGAGUACAGAAUGGAACAUUGUCUUCAUAUGUGAAUGUAUCUGUUAAACCAUGUGAAGGGAUGGCGUGAUUAAGGGGGAACCAAUUAUCUCUUGGCUCCACAAUGUCUGUGCGCAAGUCACUCCCCUCAUUGAGCUUGUCCAUGAGUGGGGCGAAGAGGCAGGUUUACUUGAGAUGGGAGUAUAUAGAGUUGACAAUUGAGUUAUGCCUUGGAUGAGGUAAUGUUUUGGUACUAUGAAGUACCAGGAAUGAGAUUAGAACCUUGUUUUAGAGACCAAACUGAGCGAUAAUUUAUAGCGAAUGCAAUCUGGCUAAGGGAUACUCCUUUCUCAAGCAAAAUGCCCUUUGUGAAGAGUUCCUAAGAUCUGUGGUUCAUCAUGUAAGUUGAGAGGGGUGUAUCUUUGCUAUAAAAGAUCUCAGUUGUCAUUAUGUUGGGACUCUUAACUCUUAACAAUUCAUUAUAGAUAGUGAAUUGUUGAAAGUCACAGGGCUAUGGUAAAGCUCAUAUUAUUAAAGAUGACAUUUAAGUAUAACUCUGACUGGUGUGUGGUUUGUAACUCUCCUCAUUUGGUAAUACAGGAAAUUGGCACAACAAGACACACACAAACAUUGUUUACA